AUGGCGAUGGCUAUGUCAGAUCUUCCAGGGGAAUUGGUAACGGAGAUAUUAUCUAGGGUUCCAUUGACAUCUCUUAGGGCACUGCGAUGCACUUGUAAAACGUGGGAAGCUUUAUCAGAAACCCACAUCGUUGGUAAAACAGACGCAGAGGGCACGUUUCUAGGGUUCAUGGUGAUAGAUUAUAACCUUUGUUCAAUGAAACUUGAUCUCCAAGGAACCCGCAACAACGGCAACUUGGUUUAUAUUCCCUCUAUUGAGAGAGUAUGGUUUCUUGAACAAGCUGAGAUAUGGGAAGUCUUUCACUGGGACGGCUUGCUGCUAUGCGUCAUCAGAGAUGAGACGCGGCUUCUUGUGUGGAACCCGUAUUUGAGGCAACUCAGGUGGAUCCAAACAAGGGACAAACUCCAUUCAGCAUACAUGUAUGGUCUCGGAUACGAAAACAACAACAACAACGAUCGUAACCACAAGAUCUUGAGGGUUUUGGACGUUACUAAGUCCUCAGAACCUGGUCCCUUAUUCGAAAUCUACGAUUUUAACUCAAGUUCAUGGAGAGUUCUUGAUGUCAAUCCCGGCAACUGCGUUAUAAAAAGUGGCGUGUCUCUCAAGGGAAACACUUACUUUUUGGCUGAAGAAACUUGGUUGGAAGGGUUUGCUGUUGAGAGUCAAUAUAUCUUACUAUGUUUCGAUUUUACAGCAGAGAGGUUUGGACAGCGUAUUGUUCUGCCGUUUGAAGCUUAUGUUAGUUUUUCGAAAACCGUGGUUCUAUCACGUGUUAGAGAUGAGCAGCUCGCUGUGUUACAUCAACCCGAAGACAACAAUGUAUUGGAGUUUUGGAUUACGAGCAUGAUUGAGCCCAAUGCUGCAUCUUGGACCAGGUUCUUGAGAGUGGAGAUGACACCGUUUAGCUUUGUGACUGAGAGUUUCUUCAUUGAUGAGGAGAAGAAACUGGCUCUUGUUUCCGGAUUCUUUAAGUUGUUUAGACAUAUUUACAAAAGAGCUUAUAUCAUUAGAGAACAAGGAUGCAUCGAAUCUGUGGAGAUGAGAAAAGAUAGGGAUCCUGGAAACAAACUAGUCUUCUCUUCUUAUUCUCCAAGUCUGGUGCAACUACAAAUCAACGGACGGGGCAAAUGGAAAGAAAGAGAUUAUUAG